UUGACGCAGCGCAGUAAUGGAAGCCUUCGUCUUAACCCGGAGGAGACAAUCGGUUUAGAGACUCAGCUUAAAAACAGGAGCAGAUAUCAGUCAAUGGCGUUAUAAACCAACCGCACUUAUACUCAACAAUCCUGCUCUCCACUUAUUCUCUCCGCUGUUGUGUUUCUAAACCACCUAGCGAGUCUGUGUCGGUGUGUUUUCGGCCUUGUUUAUAGUGUAGCAGCAGCAGCAGGAGGAGGAGGAGGUGCAGCAGGAGGAGGUGCAAGCAGGAGGCCUCAGCUCAACUCUUAACUAACUCACCAAAGAAUAUGACCCAGAUGCAACAAUGACAUCCAGAUUUGGUAAAACCUACAGCCGCAAGGGAGGGGAGGGCACGUCCAAGUUUGACGAAGUUCUGUCCACCAAGAGGGGCACGCUCAGCACCAAAUGGGGCGACACCAAGUACAAAGCCAAGGUGGGAUCCAAGCGGGCCGGCGCUCCCAAGAACGACUCCGUCCUGGAGGUUUACAAGCGGCCUCGUCCGAGCGGUGACGGCUUCGAGGAUCCGUUCGGGUUCGACAGCGACGAGGAAUCUAAGCCGGUUUCCUCUCGUAGCGGCAGCAAGUCGUCUCCCGCCAAACCGGCCUCGGCGGAGCCCCCCCAGGCGGAGCGGCCGGGGGUCUCUCUGGACCUAGGCAGCAGGUCAAGCCUCCUCUCCUCGUCCUCCGCUCCAGCCGUGCCGUGGCUGAGCAGCGACAGGAGCCAGCCCAAGGUGGUGGACACCGCCCAGUUCUUCAACAGCAGCAGCACCAGCACCAGCAGAGGUAACACCGUCUAA